CUAAAGACUGAGGUCACAUCACUAAACAACACUAAACAUAAGACAAAAUGGAUCCUUUCAGCUUCGAAACCACGUGAAAAUAAUACAACCUCUUUUAUGAUUUAAAAGAUUAUUAGAAUUUUCGUAAAUAAAGGCAGAAAGCAUGGCACUACAAAAUGGAAUUUGGAUUUUUUUUGUUUGUAUGCUGUCAACAAUAUCAGGGCAUACUAUCCUGGAAGAGUACAACUGCGGCCAGGGACAAAUCGAGUACGGCGUGACCCUGAGAGAUGGGACGAUGGCAGGACUCAUCAGAAACAGAGGAGAGGUAAAAAACAUCCAGGAGUGUCUCCACAAGUGCUGUCUGUCUGAUCACUGUGACCUCGCCAUGAUGAAUGGUCGCACAUGUUACGGCGUCAGGUGCUACAAUAAGACGUCCUGCGAGACUGUGCGCAGUGACGACGAGGAUGUCGGGAUGCAAGUGGUGAGAGUUGCCAAGGGAGCUGCCAAUCUCAUCAAAGGUAACACAAGUGAGAUUGAGAAGUUUGACCCCGACGCAAAGUGUCCUCACAAUGAAGUCUUAUAUAACGUCAAGCUCGAGGCCGGAUUACAGGCCGGGAAAUUCACGGACAUAGGAAAGGUCAAGAGCAUCAUGACGUGCGUCCGCUAUUGUUGCGAGUCACGUGUCGAGUGCGACCUCGCUUUCAUGUUGCAAGACCGCUGCUACCUUGUGAAGUGUUAUUCGGAAGACCGCUGCCAAGCACUGCCGGCACGAGGCGAGGAAUAUUCAUUCAAGCAGAAAAUGGCGUUUGUGGCGCCGUGGUUAUUUGAAAAGAAUAAGAAAAUUGUGAGCGUUCCUUCUGGCAAGUCCCCCCACCAUCUUCACUGCGUGCAGAGCAAGCUUUUCGAAGGCUCCACAUUACUAGCGGGCCCCAAGGCUGGGCACUUCAAAGACUUGGGUGCCGUAGGCAAGUCACAUAUUUGUACCCGGAUGUGCUGCGAGGACGCCACUUGUGACCUCGCUUACAUGUUCGGCAAGAACUGCUUUCUGGUCAGUUGCUAUGACGAGAAGGGGUGUCGUGUUGUGGAUGAUACCAAGCUGAGAGAUAGCGUCAAGAGUGACAAGAAACACAAGAGGACUGUGCAGUUUAUUGUGAAGAGGAGGUUUGGGGUAGCGAUAAAAGAUGACGGUACCCCUGUCAAGCUUAUAAAACCCGGGGACAACGUCUGUCACGCGGACGGCAAAAUCCAUCACCAGACUGUCCUAAAAGCGGGCAUGCUGUCCGGUAAACUGACCCCCCAUAAGGAUGCCAAAACCAUGAAAGCCUGUAUUCACAAGUGCUGCGCGGACAAGACGUGCCAUCUUGCUCAGAUGAUGGCGGGUUUGUGUUACUCUGUCAUGUGCACCAACCCGGACUACUGCACCCUUAAAGACGCACCCAAAGAGAUCAGACAUGCGCACCCAAGUAUUGCGUUUGUCAGGAGAGGGGAUUUUAGCAUAGCACCAAAGCCCACGAAACCCCCCACACUACCCCCCUCGGUCGCACCAAGCGCAGACUCCGCGCCACUACAGUCAUCAAUCAAUGAGCCUGUGCCCCCCUCCCUGAGUGGAGAGCAAACUGGCAGUGGGGUCCACCCUGGGGAUAGUAGCGCAUCGUUUAUCACAGGGGAGAAAGAGGUCAUGGAGGUGGUACACGAGGAUCAACAGAAAAUGGUGACACAAGAGGCGGAGCCACAGAACAGAGUGGAAACAGUCUUGGCCACUAAAUGAACAUAAUCUCAUGCUGCGUCUCCACGGAAUUUGAAAUCACGCAAAAACAGUCUUAUUCGCUAGAUGAACAUUCGCAUGUAAAUACAUUGGCCGCCAAAUCGGUGUGCUCAAAUUCAACAUUACUCCAAGCUGGAGUAAUUUUCGUAUAGAAUUUAAAAAGAAACUUAAUAUUGUGGAGUUGUUUAGUAAUAUAAGGAAGUGCCACUGCUCAGAGAUUGAUCUUCUCAAUAAAAAGAGCAUUUUUAAAACUUAAUGAUUCAAGUCCAACAGCCCAUCCCCCUACAAAAAAAAAAAGAAAGCAGGAAAAAAAAGUAGAAUAAAAUAAAAAUAAGCAAGGACCAGACAGGAGAAUUACCAAGAUUUGCUUAGGAUGAUUUUAUAGGUCUGUUAUGGAAAAAUGUAGUAUUAAAUUAUUUUUCAAUGAGAA